UUGUCAGGGUGGCGAUCAUCACAGCACAGACUGAUACUUCGGAGCUCAGAGAAACAGGUACAAGUACAUUUAAUACAACUGUUUGCUAUUAGAUUCUUGUUACACCUUUUUGUUUGAGCUUCUGUCUCGUAGAUUAGGUGGAGAUGCCUCGUCUGAAGGGCCACAACCGCUCCAAGGCGGCCAGGGCGAGGAUGGAGGUCCGCCUUUCUCGACCAGUGGUUGACACCUGUCCACGCCGUGGUACAGGUCGUCGCCAUGUCGCAAGGAGAUGGCCAGUUUCGUCCCUCACCGGCAGGAGCCACAAGCUGGUCAUCCCGGCCGAAUCACCCGACAAGAAGUUUGUUUUUCUUGUCGGGGACUCCCACCUGAGGCCCAUCGUCGAUGGCUUUGUGAAGAUGCCGGAGAGGGGCAUUUCGUUUGGUGCCAUGUCGACGCCUGGGGCCGAUGCCAGGGACCUGAGGACCGAGUUGGUGAGUGCGGUCCUCCCUAGGACACCUGACCUUGUUUGUCUUCUCGCCCCCAGCAACAACCUGACUGCGAGCAGGACCGUGGACGAGGCAGGGGUCGACUUCGAGAGGCUCCUUGCCAGCGCUUGCGCUCGGUGGCCGAAGGUGUUUGUCCUGGACUUCCCUCCACGCCUGACCGUUGACGCAGGUCUCCAGGAACUCUUUCGUCAGGAGUUUCAUCGUGUGGCAGCACGCAAGGGUGUGAGGUACUACUCCCUUGCGGAGUAUUUUCCUCUUCAUCGCCUUGAUCUGUGGAGUUGGGAUGGCGUGCACCUGAGCGACAGACCAGGAAUGGAGCUCCUGGCGGACGUGCUGUGGGAAAUCUCCGAUCGGCUGCUGAAGACAACUGCUGAGGUGGAGGUUCGUCCCAGCACUCCGCCACCCACUCCAUCUCCUCCUCCACGCCCAGGUCCCAGAGUUGUUGUGAGGGGAAAGAUCCGCUCCCCUCGUCCUGCACGCAACCCAUUGGAUUGGACGCUGGUUGGACCACGCAAGAAGAGGAGCUCCCAAGUGCCACUGUCUCCUGAUGCUCCCAAGAGGGGGAUGGUUCAGCUUAAGGAGUGUUGCAUCCCGCUUACACCUGUGUGGUUCAGCCCAGCCAUUCUGGAGUCCAUGAACCAGGUCCGUCCGGCUGACCUUGGUGACCCUGUGGAUCAUCCAGCUGUCCAAAAGCAACGAAUGGUGGAUCGUCGCCGUAGGGCUCUUGCUCCCAAGAAGACCCGGGAGAGGCAGCAGGUGGAGCUAGAGGAGGAGUGGCCCUUACCUACAAGGGCUGUGGUGAAAGUGGUGGAGCGACGCAGGAGAACUACUGCUUCCCGCAGGCCUCUGGCACAGAAGCAGGUGGAGGCAGCACCGCGUGUGGGGGAGGAGUCUGUGGAGCCAUUUCCUGCCAUGGAUGUGGUGGUGGAGGAGGAGGGUCAGCACACACAAAGAUCCAGCAAAGGUCAGAGUGAUGCUUUUCUUCCUUACCCAUCCACAGAUGUGAAUGAGCCCAGUACUUCUGUUGGGGCUCCAGUUCAGACUCAGGUUCAGGUUCAGGUUGAGGUUGCGGUUGAGGUUCAGGCUCAGGUUGACUGUGAUGGUGCAACUGAGCCAGAGGAUCACAGUCCUCCCAGGGUGGAUGGUCAUGCAGUACAAGGAUCAUUUCAUCAGGGGGAGGGUCUGUUUGAAUAUGCAGGAGUACAGUGUAUGGCUGUGGCUUUAGUAAGCCUUGCCUGGCAAACUCGAGAUGUGGACACUGUUCUCCUUUUGGGGGACGAGUUGUACACAUCAUUGCGAGAAGGCAACGUGAUCAGUGCGGGGUAUGAAAUUUUGUGUGUUUCAGAGCUGCCCAAACAGUGGGUGAUUGAUGGACAGACCUGUUACUUUGAAUAUCCCGAAGUGGUCAGUGGCGCUUUAGGUGGGGUUGAUGUGUCCCUGAUCGAGGGUGGUCAUUGUGACACUCUUGAAAAGGGACUGGAAAAGAUGUUUGCUACGUAUGACACAUGUCUUCUGACAGUGUGUGGCAGUACGUAUGCAAUCAUUAGUCAGAAUGGCCACUAUGCGUUUGUUGAUUCCCAUUCGCGUGAUGCUGCUGGAAUGCCAGACAUUUCUGGGUGUGGACAAAGCAUUGUGUCCUAUUUCAGCAGUCUUGAAGGUGUUCAAGAUCACAUCUGUGCUUUGGCUGAAGCCCUUGGUUUAAGCAACAGUGCAUUUGAGAUCGCCAGUGUUGCGGUGAGUUACACAGCCCCAGUCAGAAGCAGUGAUAGGUGUGUCACUGUGGAUGAUUCCGAUGUUGAAUGUGUUGGUGAUGUGAAUCCUAAACAGCUCCAGUUUAAUCCCAUUGGCAAAUAUGUUGCCCAGGCGGUAUGUAGAAAGCUGAAUGUGGAGUAUGAGAAACUCCUUGCACCAGUGUCUACAUCAGUUGGUCCGUUGGGGAGUCCAUGUAGGACUGAGAGCAUUGUGGCUGAUGGGAACUGUUUCUUCAGAGCAGUGUCCCAAGCUGUGAGUGGUUCACAGAAAAGCCACAAGAAGAUCAGAAAUGCUGCUGUGAAGCAGCUACGAUCGGACUCGGGAGAAUACGAGAAUAUCUUAAGAGAUGAGUAUUCUUCGAUUGCACAGUACCUUCAGGACAGUAGGAUGCAGUAUGCUGGAAGCUGGGCUACUGAGGUUGAGAUUCAAGCCACGGCAGAUUAUUUAGGUGUGAAUAUCUUCACAUGUCACAAUGGCCGGUGGCUUGAAUAUACUUGCAGUAGUUGCAUUUCUUCAGAGUGCAUCUACUUGGAAAAUAAAAGUGGCAACCACUAUGACGUUGUUGUUUGUGUUUAUGUGCCUGAAGAACAGAGUUGCUAUGGUCAUUGCAAAAAAGCUGUGUCUUUUUCCGAAGUGUACAAUCUUAGACAGAGUACCACAACAUUUUCAUGUCCCGUAGAAACAGAAAGUGUAGAAGAUAUUGGCAUUUGUGUUUCAAAAGAGAGCGAUAUUCAAAGACUCAAGAAGAAAUAUCGUGAAAAUGAAGCACACAGGGCGACUUUAAAAUCCAUGAGCAAACAGAAAUACAGUAAAGAUGAAGAGCACAGGAAGACUGUAAAAGCCCUGAGCAAACGGAAAUACAGUAAAGAUGAAGAGCACAGGAAGACUGUAAAAGCCCUGAGCAAACGGAAAUACAGUAAAGAUGAAGAGCACAGGAAGACUGUAAAAGCCCUGAGCAAACGGAAAUACAGUAAAGAUGAAGAGCACAGGAAGACUGUAAAAGCCCUGAGCAAACGGAAAUACAGUAAAGAUGAAGAGCACAGGAAGACUGUAAAAGCCCUGAGCAAACAAAAAUACUGUAAAGAUGAAGAGCACAGGAAGACUGUAAAAGCCCUGAGCAAACAGAAAUACAUUAAAGAUGAAGAGCACAGACACAAUGUAAAGGCCAUGAGCAAACAAAAAUACUGUAGAGAUGAAAAGCACAGACAGAAUGUAAAAGCCAUGAGUACACGGAAGUACCAUGGAAAUCCUAACAUUGUUCAGACUAGCAAUGUGCUGCCCCGUUCCACUAUGGAAGGGUCUUUGCUACCUGUAAAACUGAAACGUAAGCUAACUUACAAAGGGCAUUACAGGUAUCAGUAUGUUGACACUAUGCACAUUAGGGAAGCCUUGCGGUAUUUAAAACAGGCUAAUGUGCAUUAUGAAGACAUUGAGUUUAAUGAGGAGUGGCUCAAUGAAUUAGGCAGACAACCAGAUGUAGAGGAUGUAGAAGUAGGUAGUGAUGCUAGAGAAGGAUGUAGUGAGGAAAUGGCAGAUGUUGAAGAACAGAUUUUGCAUGAUGGACAGCAGGACUGUAUGUUACAGGACACUUGCUCCAUGGCUGUUGAUGUUGAGGAGGAAUCCCUAGAUCAGUAUUUUGAUGAUAUGCUGAGCCAGGAGAAAAGACAGGAAAGAUUGUGUGACACAGUAGAAAGUGGUGAUGCAACUUUAGAGGGUGAAGAUGAACUUUUGCAUGAUCGACAGCAGCACUGUAUGUUCCAGGACACCUGUCUCAUGCCUGUUGAUGUUGGUCAGGAAGCUCUGGAUCAGUAUUUUGACGAUAUACUGAAUCUGGCUCCAGGAGAAGGGAACAGUCCUGUGAAAAUGCUGUCUGAUCUUGCAAAUGAAGCCAAAUGCUUUCCAGUGUUGUUCCCCCUGGGACACAACACCUAUCAUGAGAGUAGGCCAUAUCGUUUGACAAUGUCACGAUAUCUUAACAACAGGAUUCUACAUGCUGAUAGCAGGUUUGCUCAGAAUGUAGAGUACAUCUUUUUUGGUCAGUACAUGUCUGAAAUUCAACAGGUUGUGUCCAGUGUGUCGAUUGCCUUACGAAAAGGAAAGGGAGACGGUACGACACAAAAGGUGAGCAACCGCUUGUUGAAAGAUGACGAGUCUUUGAAGAAGCUGUUGCAGUAUGAUGAAGGGUAUCGUUUUCUCAAACCGAUCAGAGGUCCAGGAAAGUUUGCUUACCGGGAAAAGGUGGGAGUGGAAGAUGCCAUCAUCUUCCUGCAACAUCGAUCUCUCUCUCACCUGGACAGAGGCAGCGGUGCUGUGAGAAUUACAUUCUUGGAUUUCUCCAGCGCCUUCAACACCAUCCAGCCUCUGCUCCUGAGGGACAAGCUGUCCGGGAUGGGAGUGGGUUCACACCUAGUUGCCUGGAUAAGUGACUACCUGACCGGCCGACCCCAGUAUGUGAGACUGGGGGAAUGCAGGUCUGACAUGGUGGUCAGCAACACGGGGGCGCCGCAGGGGACUGUGCUCUCUCCUGUCUUGUUUACCCUGUACACGUCUGACUUUCAGCACAACUCAGAGCUCUGCCAUGUGCAGAAAUUUGCGGACGACACAGCCAUUGUUGGCUGUAUCAAGAGCGGAAACGAGGAUGAGUACAGGGAGCUCAUCCAGGACUUCGUCAAAUGGUGUGACAACAAUCAUCUGCUCCUAAACACCACCAAGACCAGGGAGAUAGUUGUGGAUUUCCGGAGAUCCAGGUUCACAUAUUUCAUAGAAAUCCAGAUUUAA